AUGGAACCUAAGUUGAAGGUUAAGAAGGAUGAAGAUGGCGAAAAAGUUGAUCCAACUGAAUAUAGGCGAGUGGUAGGCUGUUUGAGGUACUUGACUCACACUCGACCGGACUUGUCAUUUUCAGUUGGAAUUGCAAGUCGUUUCAUGGAGGAACCGACCAUUUUGCAUUUCCAAGUUGUGAAACACAUCUUACGGUAUGUGAAAGGAACCGUUGAUUAUGGAAUCAACUAUGGAAGAGGUCGUGAAAUUGAAGAUUUGGUAGGUUUUACCGAUAGUGAUCUUGGAGGUGACCCUGUUGAUAGCAAGAGAACAAGUGGAAUGAUUUUCUAUCUAAGAAGGAACGUGAUAACUUGGCAAUCCCAAAAGCAAAAGACUGUUGCUUUGUCCACAUGUGAAGCCGGGUUCAUGGCAGCUACAACAGCAGCAUGUCAAGCCAUUUGGCUUGCUAAUCUCGUGAAGGAGCUCACGGGACAUCAUAUCAUGCCUAUCACCUUAUAUGUUGAUAACAAGUCAGCAAUUGCAUUGAUGAAAAAUCCCGUGUUUCAUGGUUGA